AUGGCUGGGAAUAAAGGAAGAGGACGUGCUGCUUAUACCUUCAAUAUUGAGGCGGUUGGAUUUAGCAGAGGUGAAAGGUUACCUGAUGUAGUAUUGAAACCACCCCCACUAUUUCCUGAUACAGAUUAUAAACCAGUGCCACUGAAAACAGGAGAGGGUGAAGAUUAUAUGCUGGCCUUAAAACAGGAGUUGAGAGAAACUGUGAAAAGAUUGCCUUAUUUUAUAGAAACACCUGAAGAAAAACAAGAUAUUGACAGAUACAGUAAAAGAUAUAUGAAGGUGUACAAAGAAGAGUGGAUACCAGAUUGGAGAAGACUCCCAAGAGAGAUGAUGCCAAGGAAAAAAGUCAAAAAAGGUCCCAAAUCCAAAAAGGUGAACAACACUGGCAAAGACACUUCACUCACUAAUACUGCAGAUGUAUUGAAAACAAUUGAGGAAUUGGAAAAGAAAGGUGAUGGUGAAAAAUCAGAUGAGGAAAAUGAAGAGAAAGAAGGAAGCAAGGAGAAAAGUAAGGAAGAUGAGGAGGAGGAGGAAGAUGAUGCUGCAGAACAAGAGGAAUAUGAUGAAGAAGAGCAAGAAGAGGAAAAUGACUACAUUAAUUCAUACUUUGACAAUGGAGAUGAUUUUAUCGUAGACAGUGAUGACAACAUGGAUGAAGCAACCUAUUAG